AUGAAGAGCAUUUUCUUCGUCGACGUCGUCUUUGUAAUAGGCUUCUCCUUGGUCAAGUUGCCCGAUGAAGCACUGAAUUAUUUCCAAUCCGAUACUGCUGACGUUGUUUUUGUUGUCGAAGGAAAGAAAAUCCACGCGCACAAAACAGUUCUGAUAUUGCAAUGCGCCGUUUUCGAGACGAUGUUCCAGGGUGAUUGGAAGGAGAGCCACGAAAGGGAGCAAAUGAUCGAGAAUCACAGCUACGAUGUAUUUUACGCCUUCUUGAAAUACUUCUACACCAACGAGGUUGAUUUUCAGCCAGAUUUGGCUCUAGAAAUUUUCUCCUUGGCCCACUUUUAUCUGAUGUCUGAUCUGCAAAAGGAGUGCUUGCAAAUUAUCAAAAGAGGCGUAACUGUGGAAAAUGCAGCUUCAAUUUACGACAAAGCAAUUCAACUUGCUACCGAGGAACCUAAGGAGUUCGUUUUCAGUUUCUGCUUAGAGAACAUGACUGCUGUUGUGAACAGUGAUGGCUUCAAGCUCUUGAAGGAUGAUGUCGUGAGAGAUUUCAUUCUUCGUGCUGCGCAGCAAGGAGUGUUUAAAAAAUGA